AUGCAUCUAUUGCAGAGCCUCAUGCUUGGCAUCCCAAUGGCUUUAGCUGGGUCACCAAUUAUUGUACAACGUGCUCCUACGGCACCUUUUGGAUUGUUCGCUUACGGCGAUGGAAUCGGUGGUGCACCUGUUUUCACAGAUGGUGAAAACGCCUUUAUCGGGCGAGCAACUCGCUCAAACGACAGCGAAGCAGCUCAGAUUCAGUUUAUAUCCGGUACAGACAAUUCGCUGCUGGCCAGUCCCAACACCACUACCGGCAAUGCACCCACUUGGUCAAACCUCACGUUCAUGGUCCCGGAUACGACAUCUUCAUCUCAUCAGGUCGGAUUCACUAAUUCGACUACUUCUACCGAUAGGUCAGGAUCUGGGUUCGUAUUCUAUGGAGACUUUCUACUACACAAGAACACCGACGGGGAUCUCAAGGCAUUGUGGUAUGCUGUACCAUCUGAUGAAGAUCGUAUUUGGACCUUGAACUGGAACUCAACCGACGAUGAUACCGAAGGGAAAGUGGUUGUCACCCUGAAGGCUACACCACCAUCAAGGCCAACGGAUAAGAACAAUUAG